UGUCUUUUGGCCCUAUCCGUUGCGAGGCGUUUCGCCCCGUUGAAGCCAUGGGCAUCUGCCAGGGGGGCAUGCUUCACUGCUGCGGUGAGGGCCAGCUGGAAAGCUGGAAGGACAGUGGUGGCAAGGUCCGUAUGCUCAUUAUUGCCCUGGACUACGAGUACAGCCCUGCGGCCGAGCUGACUUGCACCAAGGAUGCGCGAACCAUGUACCGCAUGGCUGGCCGUGCUGGAGUGGACGAUGUGACCAUCCUUACAGACAAGGCCGGCGUGGGGGCUCCCAGCUUCCCCACGCGCUCCUUCGUGCUACGGCACCUGCGGCAGGUAGCCAAGCGCUGCGAGCCGGGCGAUUGGUUUGUUUGGUUCUGGGCUGGCCACGGCGUGAACGUGCCAGAUUUUAACGGUGACGAAAAGGACGGCUUUGACCAGGCCUUCGUCACGCCCGACACCAACGGCAAGCUCACAGAGUCAGCGCUUUUGAUCGACGACGAGUUCGCCAUGGCACUGGACACCUUCGUCCCGGAGGGCGUGCGCAUUCUCUGCAUCAACGAUUGCUGCCACUCGGGGACGAUUUGUGACAUUGACUCCUUCAUGUACACGCACGACAUUUAUUCAAUUUCCGCUGCCCUGGAUCAUGAGGAGGCGGAGGACGUGGGAGAGGGAGGCGUACUCAGCUGUGCGUUGAGGCGGGCGGUGCGGACCCUGAGCGUCGAGCACGGGAGGAAAGAGUUCAGUAUUCAGGCGGUCUUCAAGCGCUGCAAGGCAUUCGCCAAGCGAUUGACCAAGGAGCAGCACGUGACUUUGCAGUAUCAUGGCACUGAUCCCUCCCUGGUGGCCUGGCCAUUGGGCUAUCCCUGGUGGAUCUAUAUCAAGAAGGCCCGCGUCAUGACUGUAAACAUCCAAGACUUGGCAGAGAAUGGCAUGGACAGCGACGAGGAGUGGAGUCCUGUGAUUCAAGCCCCUCAGAAUCCCCAUCCUCAGAUGUCAGGAGUCUCACCCUUCGGGCUGGGAGCAGGUACCCCUGUACACGGAGCUGGUUUCCCUGCACAGGGCGUGGGUUUGGGCCAAAUGGCCUAUCCCGGAUCCACUCCCUAUGCAAGAGCCUGAGGUCAUCUCAUCCACGGCAACAAGGAGAAAUCGCGUGAGUGGUUUGGUUUGUCAAGAUCCAAGCAGCCAGGAGGUUUAGCGUGCUCCCAACAGAACUGGUCUCCUUUCAACCCUAGGGAUUACUCAGUCAACUCCUGUACAGGUCCACCUGGGAUCUCUCCGUUAAGCACAGAAAUCGUCAUGGUGGAAAUGCGCUGCACGAUGAAUCUUUUUUUCUUUUUUUUCUCGGGAAUUCGUUACACCCAGCA